CCUUGGCUAUACCGUAGUAGUGAAUAAAGAACUUUGUUAUCCAGAAAAAUUACACGACAACAGAGGCAUGGAAUUUGACUGUGACAAGGCGGGGUGAAAUGACAAAGGAGCAGAUAGAAAGGACUGAAGGCCCGCUACUGCCGCACAUGGAGAUGACACUUGUGGACAAAGCCGGCCAGGUAGUCCCAUUGAACCAUAAGGGAGAAGUCUGGGUUCGAGGCUACAGUGUGUUCACACAGUAUCGCGGGGAUAAAGAGAAAACUGCAGAGGUGAAGACACCUGACGGAUGGUAUAAGACUGGUGACAUCGGAGUCCUUGACGAAAAUGGCUUGCUGACAAUCACAGGCAGGAUAAAGGACAUGAUUAUAAAGGACGCAGAAAAUGUUCAUCCUGCUUUGGUCGAGGAAGUUCUACUGGCGCACCGGAAAGUAUUGGAUGUAAAGGUCUUCGGAGUGCCAGAUCCUGGGUCUGUGGAAGAAAUCUGCGCCUGCAUCAUACUAAAGAAUGGCCAAACGUCAGACGUGAAGGAGAUGAGGGAGUAUUCAAAGAAGAAUGGGCUGGUUGCCGAGUUAUGCCCAGGAUACUUUGUCUUCAUGGACAGUUUCCCGAAGACCUCAACUGGACGAAAGAUAGACAAGAAGAGGACGAGAGCUCUUGCCAUGGAGAGUCUGGGACUAAAGGACAACAUGGAGUGACAGAUGACACUGUACAUUCUUAACUUUCAACGACAUGGCGUUUUCAAACAAGAUUACAAAGUGUGCGAUAUUUAUCACUUGAAUUGCAUGGUUAAACCCGGGUACAGAAACAAAAAGUCAUUUGAGUACUAAAAAUUACUUCCUUAUUUUUCUACAAGGCUCGAAAGCGAAUGAAGUUUCGCCGGGGGUAACCGCUAAGCGAGCCCUUCGGUAACCGCAA